UAUCCAGUGACAGUGUGACCAGUAACCUUCGUACUGGAAACAAGCGCUCUUUCGCUUCAACCACUCAGACAUCCUCAUCCCUUGCAUCUACAAUUAAUAAAAUUUCCUCUUCUUCUCUGACCAUGUCAGAGAAUUUCCAAAAUCCACCUUUACUUGGAACUUCAAAGUCUCUGCAGCUCUCUCUUCCUGUGGGGAGCACUGCAGCCUCCCUCACAGGACGAGUCUGCAGUCUCCCCAGAGUCUCUGCUCCAGCCGUCACAUCAGCAUGGCUCCUACCAUCAGUCUCUGGCACCUCUUUCCAACCUCUCAUGGGUAGUGCCUACCUUUACCAACAUGCUAGCACAACUAUGUUGUCUGGAGUUACUGGCCAGAGCCAGAUCUCCACUGCAGCUGCUUCCAAUCCUGGUAUUUUUGAGUGGGCGCUCACAGGAGGCACUGAAAAGAAGUCCUCAUCCAUCCGAGACUUCACAGUGACUGUCAUUGACCAGGACACAGCUGUUUCUUCCAUGUCGAUGGCAUCCCAGUACAAUAAAACCUCAGAUGCCACUAACAUGGUCCCUCUGUAUCCAUCACUUUCUGCCAGCCUUGUUCAUGGGGCAUCAUCUCAGAUUCCAAAUCAGGGACAGAGCUGGUCACUUCCCUACCAGGAAGGAAGUCAGCUCUAUUACUACAAUCAAGGCACACUGGGGCCUCUGCUCCCUGCAGAACGGGGCCCCUACCUGCAAUCCUAUGGCUCUGUGUCUUACACAGAGAGCAGGGCCUCUGCCCCUCAACCAGAAAUGGUCAUGGUACUAAAGGAGGUCCAGCCCACAAGUGUGAUACCACCGGCCUCCACCUCUGCAAUCUACUACUCUGUGCCUGCUCAACCCAUCACAGAGACAAGUUUUCAAGGUGAGUUCAAACAGCAAGAAGGAAGAAGAACGGGGUCACCAUUAAAAACUCGGGUCAAUCUGCACCCAAGAAGUGGUGAGUCCACAGACAGCAAGCAGCCUGGUUCUAAGUCAGCUCAACCUACUGCACUCAAUUCAUCUCAGCCAACAUCUGCAUCUAUGAUGGGUCCUGCCAGACCAGCUCUGCCAAUUUCAACCAAUCCUGAUCAGCCUGGUUCUAAGUCAGCUCAACCUACUGCACUCAAUUCAUCUCAGCCAACAUCUGCAUCUAUGAUGGGUCCUGCCAGACCAGCUCAGCCAGUUUUGAUGAACCCAGUCCAACCAGAUUUGACCAACCCUGUUGAGCCUGGUUCUAAUUCAGCUCAACUUACUGCAGUGAAUUCAUCCCAGCCAACUCCUGCAUCUUUGACAGGUCCUGCUAAACCUAUUUCAACCAAUUCAGUCCGACCAGGUUGGACCAACCCUACCCAGCCUAGUGUCCCUCCGUGUGAUGCUUCUAGACCUGUGCCCUACAAAACAUCAACUUGCACUUCUUUCCAGUGGGAGCCGGUUCGCACUACGGUGAACAAGCCCUGGACCCCACCCAAACCUCAAAACCAAUGGCUUCUCCAGGAUUUUGCCUGUCAGCGAAUUCCAUGGAGGAAACCUGAUAUUUCUGGGCCAGUAAUGUCAACGCCCAUCACAAAGGAGCAGAGGCCAGAGAGGGAGGCUAUGAAGAGGAAAGCUCAACUUGAGCGGGAGAAUGCUGCCAAAUUCACCUCGCUGGGGAAAGUGCAGUAUUUCAUCGAGAGAGAAAAAGAAAUGGACAUUUCUCGAUACUAUGGCUAUGCAAAAUAAGAGGUGCUAGGAGUGUUGGUGCCUCGCUGGAUACCUACUGUUUUCCCAUAGAUAGAUAGAUAUAAAUUUCUCUAUUCUGGUAUAUUUUAAAUCUUAACAAAAUUGAAUAAGUAAAUGUAGUGGAAUUCAUAGAUAAGUAAUAAAGAAGCCUUUUGAGUUUUGAGAUGCUGUUAACUGUGGCUUUCUUUGGUGGGGGUGUGGAUCAAAAGCUGCAUGAGAACAAAAGAAUUGGUAGUUGGAUGGGCAAAUGAGGGACAAGGGGUAAGAACUGAGGAAAUAGAAAGAACUUUGUCUAUGGCCAUAAAGGCUAAAAGGGGAGAGAUGGAUUUAUAAAAAGGAGCAGGAGGUGGGGGGAUGGUAGAAGUGAGAUGCAGGGUCUGGGGUUAGGGUUAAAAAGAGAAAAUCUGAAUAGAGUUGAAAAUGGUGGAUGAGUCUAGAUUGAUCAGGAGAAAUAGAAAAAGUCUCUCGUGGAGGCCGGUCUUAGGUCUCAUGCCCACCAGAUAAGUAUUUUAGAAAACAGAUAGUUGGUACAUUUCCCAAAGGUUUGGGUUGCCUUUUCCAUGUCUGUUUGUAGUUGGGGAAGGUGAGGACAAAUCAAGGGAAUCUACCAGAUGAGUGGCAAGGGGGCAGCUGAUAACAGGGGCCCAGGCUAGUGAACUACUGUAGAAGGGGGCUCACUCUACUGGGUAAAUCACCAUUUACUCAAUACUAAUGCACGAUGUCCAUUGAGAUGCACGAUAUUAUAUUUUAGUCUUCAUUUCUAAAAUUUUUCUUUUAUUUUUAAUUCUGUCCUGAGUUGUAUCAUCUCAUCUAAUUCUGAUUUAUGGUAUUCUUUCACCUGUUUUUAUUAUAGUAAAACAUACAUAACACAUAAUUUAUCAUUUUAAUGGUUUUUAAGUAUACAAUUCAGUCACAUCAAGCACAUUCAUGAUAUUGUGCAACCAUCACUACCAUCUAAAAUUACAAUAAUUAUGUCCAAAGAUGGAGCAGGACUUCAGAGAGGUGGAAGGAGCAGGACAGUUUUUGAAUCUCCCCAAACCCUUUCAUGGAAAUAGAUAAACCCAAACCAAACAGCCAUGGGUAGCUUUUACCAGCAUUUACUAUUUCCAGAACUUUCCAUCAUUCCAAACAGAAAUGCUGUCCCCUUUAAAUAAUAUCUUCACAUCCCCUCCCCCCCCACCAUGUUCUUUCAUCUUUUACACUGUUUUUCCACGUCUUUUAGCUCAUUUUGAAAUAGCAGGUUAUUGUUUUUUGUUUG